CAUGUUUCUUCUGAAGUUUACAUUCUGUGGUAUAAACUAGGAGUGGUUUAGCAGUUGUAGGUACAAACUUACACUCAUAAGUAAUAGCAUCUGUACCAAAUAGUAACUGGGGAUCUACCUGUUGAUGCAGAUCAAAGAGUUUCCAAAUGGUGCCAGUUCUAGUGCUGAUACAGUUGUUAGUGAGUGCAGACUUCUGGCAGCAGGAAAAAGGCUGAAUUGUGGCUUGUUUAUCUGGCUUCAAAUUGCAAGCUGUCACUUGGACAAUGUUAAGCUUGUGUAGUGUGGGUGAGUGGGCAUUUCUUCCAGAACUUUUCUUGUGAGUGACUCCUGGCAUUUUGUGUUGUGUUUAGCCUUCACGUUGCAGUAGCAUUUUCAGUGCAUUUUAUUGCACUUGUUUGAAAUGCCAAAGCUUGAAGUGAAAGAAAUGUUUCUUUUGAGAGCAGAGUUUACACCACUCUCCCAAACAGAAUGAUAUUGUGCUGGCUCAUGUUAGGAGACUAAAACUGUGUAGCUGAGGAAGUGCUGCCACCCAUGCCAGGACUCAGUCUAUCAUGCAAGAUGUCUCUGCUUCCCCUUGCUGUAGAGCCUUUUCUCUGCACGGCAGAGUGUGUCUGGACAUCAAAAGGAGGCAGAGACAUCCCUUAGGUUCAGAGAUGUCCUUGGCACAAGAGCACUUGUCAGGCCUGAAGAGAGAGUGAAAGUGGAUCCAGCAGCAGUCUCGUACAACUGCUUAAAGAAGAGCCAUAGAGACGGCAGAACCAAAUUCUGUUGUGGUGGCCACAGGCAUUACGGCAAGUGGCUGUGGUCAUGGAUUGCCACAUGGGAGGUUGAACAUGAGGAAGAAUGAUGUCCCUUGUAGGGUGAUGCUGCAGGAGAACAGGUACCUGAACAGGUGAGCAGAUCUCUGCUUCAUGUUCAUGGCAUGGCUGAAUGAAGCCACAUGUGACCUGCUGUACUGGAGGUGGCAGUCCUUUUCCUUGUGGGAGGUCACACUGGAGACCAUCAGGGUCCAGACACUAUUUCGAGGAUUCUGUGAGUCUUGAGCAAGUUCUGUACUUUUUGCUACUUAAUUUCAUCUUGCCUUUUGCUCACAGAAUGACUGGAAGACAAGAGCUCUGUUUGACAGUAAGAAAUCAAGGCUUUUUUUAUUUGUUUUUAUUCAAAGACAGAGCAGAAAAGGCACUGCAAAAUAGUUCACAGCCUGCAUGCAAGGCUACUCAAUCAUCUGAGCUCUCAGACCUAAAUUCUGGCCCUGCUAAUGUCUCUCAUUGCUGAGCUAUCAGACCAGCUCCUUUAUCUUGCUGGUUUCAUCCAGAAAUGCCAUGCCAGGGCUUGAAAUCUUUUAGCCAAAACAGCACACUUCCGCAAAAGGUUUGUUUCAAUAAAUCAGCAGUUCCUGCAAAAUAAGCUUUGUUGAAAGUUACUCUGCCAGCUAUGCCUUCACGAGUGUUUAGGUUAGCUCAGAAGGUGGCCAGGGACUGGUUGGGAAACUCAAAAGCUCCUACACCUCAAAAGCUCCUUUACCUGCUUUAAUUGCUCGUGUGGGAGGUGCUCCAAAGCCUUCCUUUGGUUUCAAUGUCAGAAAAAUGGGAUCGUCACUGAAUGCUUCUCUGAACUGUGGUGUUUUAAUUGCUUGAUCAGGAAUUAGCACCGGGGGUCUAUGGCUGCUUUCCAUGAUGUGUUGUGCUGGGCAGGAAUCUGUUUGACUUGAGUGUAAUCGUAAUUGCUUGUGAUUCUGAAGGGAAGUUCACGUGUUCCUAUGAACUUUGAUGCUCCUGAAAAUGGUACUAAGCCAUGAGAAGUAGUCGCAACCACUGACAUGCUUUCUGUGCACCUCUUGCCUAUGGUAAGAGACUUCAGGAGGAAUAGAGUGGGCGUAUAAACCCAAUAAAUACAAUUUUUUUAAAAAAAAGUGAUCCUUUGGUUUGAAAUGGAAUGAACUUCUUUAUUCCCUGGAUAAUAUUGCUUGUUGUAUAGCAUGCAUGGAUUUUGGAUAAAAAGGCACAGGAGAGAGGAGAGGACAUGAAAUGAUGUGCUUAGCUGUCUUAGUUUAUUCUGUUAAUUCCAUUCUGUGUCUCAAGAAUAUCCUUAUUUUCUGUGCACUGAAGAGAGGCUUUUCCUCAAGUUCCAGUGUAAGGACAUGGAUUUCUUAUAUCUCCAACAAGCUGUAACAACAACCUCAAAACCCCACAGAGUUAUGAUAGGCACUGAGUCCCUGUUGUAAGUAAAGUGUAUGUUCUAAACAGAGUCAAUCACUGGAAAAGAGAGGAAAAAUUAUGCAGUAAACCAAGCAAAGGCACUGGAGAAUUCAAGGAGAGCAAAACUAGAUAGAAAUGUUUGGAAAAGAAGACCUGUGUGAAAAAUUCGAUCAGACUUGUUAAAAGUGCCAACAAAAGACAAGGGGAAAGAGCCACAAAGAGCUUGAGAAAUAUUGCUAAGGAAGGAAACAAUAAUUCCCUUUAAUCAAACCAGAACAGAUCAAGAAAUUAUUCCCCCAGGAGCUGCGUAGUAUUAAGCAAAGUUUUUCAUAUAACUUUUCAUAACAAUAACUAAGGAAUGUAACAAUCUCAUUAAGGUUACUGGAAAUAAUUGCUGCCAUCAGGAGACAUCUGUAGCUUAAUUAGCAAUCCACUUGAAUGCAAGUGGGUUUGGGCUCAGUUAAAAAUCAUUCCUCCCACAGUAAAGGGAAAGAUGAAAUAAGUAAUUGCUUUGUACCAAAGUGAUUAUAAUUGUGCUGGAGUGAAGUGGAGAGGCUGCUCUAAAGAUAUCUCAUUGUCAUGAGCAAAGUAAUUUCUAACUUCUUGCUUUGUGCCUAUAGCAGCGUUGGGAGCCUCGUUGAUCUCUCUGAAACUGGUACUGUUUUAAGAGACAUCAGCAAAAGUUGUUCUUAGUUAACCGAAGAAAUGCUUAAAAUUGGAAAGGGAAUACCAAAAUACCAGUAUAAAAGUGCAGUAGCUUGCACAGUUCACUAGUAGGGCUGAUGAUGGAGUGGGGGAAAAUCCCUGUGGGUGCAGUUCCAAGCAUUCAGUAUUGUCUUCUGCCACCAUGUGAGCACUACAUAGUCUCUGGGAAUUCACUGUUUUCCCAAGAAAACUGGGAAUAAGUGACAGCCACCCCUGCUUUCUGCUCCCAGCAGGUUUGUGGCUUCUUAUAUGUGUAUUGAGAACUAGGGAUACCACAUUAUCACUGUCCUUGAUUUUCACAGGCUAUAUUGGCCAAGCCUGUCUGGUUGGGCCAGUAUUUCCAUUAUGGAGCCAGAGAAUAUUUCUGGCACAUUUCCUGGAGGUCUGUUGGUACUGAGAGGCGGCAUGGACAAAGCCAGAAUCUAUGGCAGGGUAUUCUCCUGCCCCAGCCUUGCCAGGCUGCAGCAAGCCCCUCACAGAGUUUCACUGUAGAGCUGCAGGAAGGGGAGCAUCCAAUGCAGCUUCCCUGUAGGAGAGGGCAGUGCUCUGCUGGGACCCUGUUUGUUGUUAGGUGGGGCUGGUACAGUGCUGAGCUUGCUCCUGCAGGGAAGGAUUUGGAGAGCCCAGCAGCGUGGCUGCCACCGGUCCUGGUUUGAACUCCAUGGGAGCAGCAGAUGGGCGAGGCCGAGCUGCAAGUGCCACCUGCGGGGGGACAGGGCUGUCCCCAAGGCAGGCCCACAUGGGGAGCACCGUCAUUGCUUGCUCAUCUGAAUUUGUCACAGGUAUGGUGGCAGUUGGCAGAUCUGUCCUACAGCUCCUGCAGCUGGACCUGGGCAUGCCGGACUGUUCCAGCUACUCGAAGGAGCAAGGACCAGCACUGGCAGAAUGAGCCUAAGGGCUCUGAGGGCAGGUGAGAGAUCUGAUUGCUGGGAGGCAGAUGAGCUCACUGGAGAGCUGUUAAUUUAAUCUUCUGAAGAGAGCGGAAGGGGAGGAAGCAAGGGAGGUUUCCACUAGAGCUGGCAAUGCCUGCAGCUCCACCACCCAACUUCUUUCUGCCUCUGGAGAAGCCUUGGUGACUCCUGGGAAGUCAUGGCCUUCACAGCACCACAGGUUCCACCAGAGCUGUCCUACCAGGGUGGGAUACUCCUGAUGGUAAGAAGAAACCUGGGACACAAAGACCUGAUGGAAAUGCCCAGGGGUGGACAGCCUGCUAAGCUCACAGUGACACACCUUCCUGUAUGUGCAAACUUCACGGUGAGUUAAGCGUUGAAGGACUUUAAUCGGAAUUGAUCCAAGGGGAUGGAUCUCUGGCAACAGCAAGCUGGAAGCCUACCUGCCCAAGUAAAUUUGGGUUGAACUCUGAGCUCCCCGUACCAUCUUGAAGAUGAAUACCUGAAGCUCUGCAAGACAGAUUAAAGCACAGGCACCAGCAGUGCACGCAAAGAAUCUGUUCCCAGGACCAUGAAAGGAUGCCAAGCCAUUCUGCUUUCAAUUACAUGAGAAAUUGAAAUAGAAUUGGAAUAGAAUUGAAAAGUACUUCCUGCUCCAAAGACUGCAAGGACAGAUUUGACUUUCGGCUUUUCCUUGCCAUCGUUUUCUGAGGGCACUUGGGUAAGAGCAUCCCAGGUUCAGCCUGCCUGACACUGCCGCAGCCAAGCUGACAUACUGGCAGAUCCUAUUACCAGUGUGCAGUGUGACUGAACGUUGCCAUGAGGUGCAUUUGGGCUCUCUGUGGGCUUUGCCACCCUUGAUCACACAGAUGCUGCUGUGGGCCCUCUGACAAGUGGAAGGAAUCAGUCCAUCUGUCUGCUCUCAGGCAGGUACUUCUUGGUGCAAGAGGGCGGCAAAAGGUGACAAUUUUUGAACACAGAAAAGAAAUGGUAACUGCAAUAGGAAUGUUAGUGUUUGAAUUUAACGGACUUGCCUUUCAGAGCUGGUAGGAUGACUCCCUGCCCCUUUGUGCAAACAGCAUACUUGGCUAUUUGACCAACCAUGUAUUACUUCAGUCAGGUUAAAAUGAAUGCCAUCCAGCCUCCUCUCUCAAAAUUGCCUUUGAUGUUUACAGAGAGAUACUUUGCUUCAGACUGUGUCUUGUGCUUCAGACAGAAUAUCAUUCCUGUUAUUCAUUUUCUGUUGACAUCAUAUGACUGUAAUGUCCUAGGAAAUUAAAGGAUGCUGAGUGUUUCUGUAGUACUCUCCUUGACUAAACAAUUUGACUCCAAGACUUAAUACAUGCAUCACUUUUUAUAUUGAUAAUAUUUUAAAGAACUUACGUAAGUUGGUUGUGCUGCGAUGUUCUGUUUCUCAGCACAGUGAACAACCCUCAGUGCCUACCAGACAAAAGGUGUUGAACACAGAGAUACAGGGAGGUUAAUGCAGUUCUGCCUGGGAACUAUUUCUGCACUUAAUGGGGAGGAAGGGAUUGUGAAAGAAUGACUUGCGCAAAAUGAUUGCAUCAGCCAAUGGGAGUUGACUGACAAAAAGAAGAGACUGACAGUUAAUUUUAUCUUUCAAAGAAGAGAGUUCAACUACAAUAUGUUCUCAUUUUUUGUGUCCCAAAUCAGCAGCAACGGUAGAAUUGGUUGAAAUGUGAGUUUGAAGGGUGAGCCAUACGUGCUGGACAAUCCUGGACUCUUCAGAAGCCAUGGUUUCCACAGGGGAGCCACCACUAGAGAGAAGAGACGCAAACUGCUACGAUUCACUGGCUGCAUAGUUAAAGGACACUGGGAAACUGGGAACAUGAAGUUUUGUUUGAAGAGAACAAUAUUUUGAGGCUGAAAUAUUUUCUCACUUCGAGACUGUCACCUCAUCAGACCUGCCAAAAAUUUCCAGCUUUUGUUGUGCUUGCAGGUAUGAGGUGACCAUUCAGAUGCCUUGACCAGCACACGAGGAGACUGACACACAGCAUGCAGUACACUAGCAAAAUGUCCAUUCAAGCAAAACAAAUAUCAAGAACUACACACACCUGGCAAGUGUUGGCCAUCUACAUGGUCUUAGCUGCAAGCCUCUCCGAGCAGCUAACACUGAAGCAGGCUUGUCCUUCAUGCGAUGCCAGUCAGCUUUGCAACUGCUUCUCCAUGGCCUUGGAAUUCAUUCCCCCUGGGCUUACUUCCAAAAUCACAGUGUUAAACCUGACCCACAACAAGAUAAAGCACAUCCAAUCCCAGGACCUGCAGCAGGCUGUGAACCUGAGAGUCCUGCUGCUGCAGUCCAACAAAAUCAGCUCGAUAGAUGAGGAUGCAUUUCAGUUCCUGGAAAAACUGGAGCUCUUGGACUUAUCAAAUAACAGCUUGGCUCACCUGUCCCCGGUGUGGUUUGGGCACCUUUUUUCACUCCAGCAUCUCCAUCUUCAAGGCAAUUCCUACAGAGACCUGGGGCAGAGCUCCCCCUUUUCUAGCCUGAGGAACCUGAGCUCUCUCUACCUGGGCAACCCGCAGUUCUCUGUGAUAAGGCAAGGGAACUUUGAGGGCAUUGAGCUUCUGCACAAGUUGUGGAUUGAUGGUAGCAAUCUCAGUCAGUAUGAGCAGGGAAGUUUGAAAUCAAUUAAGCAGAUCAAUCACAUGAUCAUAAACCUAAGAAAUAGUAACAUAUUCUCAGAAAUUGUUAGGGACCUUGUGCACUCUGUCACUUGGCUGGAAGUGACAGAAAUCAAAUUACCGGUUGAAAAAAAAAGCUUGGUGCAGAAUUCUACACGUCCUUUUAGGAUACAAAAACUUACAUUUAAAGAAGCUUUCUGCACAGACCAAACUAUUAGCCGAACAAUAGUGUCACUGAAGGAAAUCACCUCUUUAAAAGAGUUAGAGGCAAUUAAUUGUGUGCUUGAGGGGCAGGGAAUAUGGAACACUAAAGAAAUUGCAAGGAGUGGGCAAAGUUUUGUUGAAACCAUAACAAUUAUAAAGGCAAUGAUUCAGAAUUUUCAUUUGUUUUUUGACCUGCAAGGCAUGGAGUCACAAAUAAACAAACUAAAAAGACUCACUAUUGCAAGCUCUAAUGUUUUCAUGGUACCAUGCAAUCUUGCAAGACAUUUUUCAUCACUUCUCUAUCUGGACUUUCAUGAUAAUUUGCUUGUAAAUAAGCGUUUAGAUGAGACAAUCUGUGAACAUUCCUGGCCUUCAUUGCAAACUCUAAAUCUAAGUCAGAACUCUCUAAAAUCUCUGAAAGAGACUGCAGAGUAUACAUCUCGUCUACCAAAAUUGAGUAAUCUUGAUAUUAGCCAAAAUAAUUUUGGUGAGAUUCCAGAUGCGUGUGAAUGGCCAAAACUCCUGAAAUAUUUAAACCUGUCCAGCACUCAAAUUCCUAAAGUAACAACCUGCAUUCCUCAAACGCUAGAGGUUUUGGAUGUCAGUGGAAACAACCUGAAGGAGUUUGGACUGCAGCUCCCAUUUCUGAAAGAGCUGUACCUCACAAGAAACCAGCUGAAGACGCUGCCAGGUGCCGCACCCAUCCCAAGCUUAGUGUCCUUGUCCGUCAGAAGAAACAAGCUGAACAGUUUCUUCAAGGAGGAGUUGGAGUCCUUCAGGAGAAUGGAGCUGCUGGAUGCCAGUGACAACAACUUCAUCUGCUCCUGUGAGUUCCUCUCCUUCAUCCACCACGAGGCCGGGCUAACCCAAGUGCUGGUGGGGUGGCCGGACCAGUACGUGUGUGACUCUCCGCUGGCGGUGAGAGGGGCGCAGGUUGGCUCUGUGCACCUCUCCCUGAUGGAGUGCCACAGGUCCCUGGUGGUGUCGUUGAUCUGCGUCCUGGUGUUCCUGGUCAUCCUGCUGCUGGUGGCCGUCGGCUACAAGUACCACGUGGUCUGGUACCUGCGGAUGACAUGGGCCUGGCUGCAAGCCAAGCGGAAGCCCAAGCGCGCCCCGCCGAAGGACGUCUGCUACGACGCUUUUGUCUCCUACAGCGAGAACGACUCCGACUGGGUGGAGAACACCAUGGUGCGGGAGCUGGAGCAGGCCUGCCCUCCCUUCCGGCUCUGCCUGCACAAGCGGGACUUUGUGCCGGGGAAGUGGAUCGUGGACAACAUCAUCGACUCCAUUGAGAAGAGCCGCAAAACGCUCUUUGUGCUGUCCGAGCACUUUGUGCAGAGCGAGUGGUGCAAGUACGAGCUGGACUUCUCGCAUUUCCGCCUCUUUGAUGAGAACAACGAUGCGGCGAUUCUCAUCCUCCUGGAGCCCAUCCAGAGCAAAGCCAUUCCCAAGAGGUUCUGCAAGCUGCGGAAGGUCAUGAACACAAAGACCUACCUGGAGUGGCCUGCUGGUGAAGAGCAGCAGCAGAUGUUUUGGGAAAACUUGAAAGGUGCCUUGAAGUCAUAGAAUUCAGCAGUCCUGAUUUCAACAUAUUUCCACAAAAGGCUGUAUAUCACUUUCUUGCUGCUAAGAAUCUUCUCUUUCUUAUUUUUCUGCAUAACUGCGACUGGCUUUGUUUUAUAUAGAGAUAAUUGUCAUUUUAGCAGCUGGAAAAGACCUGUUUUAGACUUUUCAGUGAUUAGACGCUCUGGUCUUUAAAAGUCCCUGCCAAUAACCAUGACAUUUGGAAACCGUGUUGGACUUGUUAUACUUUUCUAAGUACAUUUUGCUGAGUGCGGGGUGUUUCUGUACUUUUUACUCUUGUUACCACUAUCCCCAACUGGUCUCUAACAAUGCCAUUGUAAUUUUCAAAUGACAUUAAAAGCCAUGGUCUUCAAUUAAUAUUUCCCUGUGUCCAUUUCUUCCUGGGAAUGCUUGUUUUUCUCUUCAUUAUCACCUCCACUUUCCUUUCUACCUACCCGCAGAAAUACCUGAAGCCUUCUAAUUUUGGAUGUUACACUGUGUUUCUAAUGUGUGGGCUAGAUGGUGUUGCAGACUGGCUCAGUUUUAAGUUUUGCUCUUCUACUUUGCAGAGCAUAUUCAUGUAAUCACAGGGCCAUGCAAGUCUGACAGCUCUGCUUACCUUCCUUUGUAGUCGGUGAAGAAAAUCACAGGGAUAAGAGGCAGUUCAUCUCUCUACUUCAGUGUGAGGUAUCUCCUGGAAUUACCAUAUUGCUCUCCACUGAUUACAAAGGGAGUCUAGACAAGCAGGUAGAUACACAUGUUUACAUUAAGGUAGUCAGUCCCACUCUGAGUGUUUGGAUUUCUUGUGUUUUAGAGUUUCUUAUGGGAACCUGAAAAUGUCUCUGAGGCGAUUAAGUUAGGUUUCUCUAACUCAACAUUUUCAUGUUCCCUGUUGCUUGUUUUGCUGGAGUUUAAGUACAGGAAAAUCUAGAUCUUGAUUAAAUUUUAGACAUGCAAUUAUUUUGUG